AUGUCGCCACUUGCCUCUUUCCGUGCCCCUCUCCUCGUCGGUGGGGUCGUUGCCCUCUAUUACAGAAGUGCACUUCAUCCCUACUUCAGGUUCAUAUGGCAUUGUAUUCCCCGCUCGCUCGGCAGUGCCGAUCAGAGGACUCGUUUGGAUAAGUUCUACGCCGGUCAAGCAGACGUCUAUGAUACUACCCGCAGUAAAUUGUUACGUGGCCGUAACACGAUGCUUAGCCUGACCGCAAGCCACCUCCGCGCCGUCCGGGAAAGACACCCUGGACAUCCACUUGUCUGGGUCGAUAUUGGUGGCGGUACAGGACACAACAUCGAGCUCAUGAACAAACACUUUCCUAUUUCGUCAUUCGACGCUGUCUACUUGGUUGAUCUCUGCAAGCCGUUAUUGGACAUCGCCCGGGAAAGGUUCACAAGAAAAGGCUGGACGAAUGUUACUGUUCUCCAGCAGGAUGCUACCGAAUUUUCUCUCCCCGAAUGGGCGCACAAGGAAGCUAAAGGCAGCGUCAAUGUUGUCACUUUAAGCUACUCGCUUUCAAUGAUUCCCAAUUUCUAUGCCCUUCUUGAUCGUAUCGACUAUGUCUUGUGCCCCGAGACGGGUCUCGUUUCUGUUGUCGACUUCUAUACUUCAGGAAAACAACCGUCGUUGCACGAGAAGGCGAUUGGAGGGACCAGCAAGGAAUGUGGCUGGCUUAGUCGGUGGUUCUGGCAGAUUUGGUUUGACUUUGAUCACGUGUCCUUAUCACCCCACCGAAGAGAUUAUCUCGAGUACAAGUUUGGAACGGUCAAAACGUACAACGGCAGGAACCGCUUCGUCAUUCCCUUCAUCGUUAGGAUACCAUACUACAUCUGGCUAGGUCGUUCCCGCUCGUGUGACGUAUCACGGUUCUGUCACGCUUUUGAGGUCGAGGGUGGAAAUGUCAUUGGGAAUUGCUCCCCCUCCCCCUUUGCAGUUGUCAAGGACAGCGAGGCCAUCCCCCCUCUGGAGAUUGGAAAACCAGUCAUAGAUAAAGUCAUUCGUGCUGACGCGGUCAUCAAUAUUACUCUGCCAUUGAGUUCGUUCCAUUAUCAAUUGGGCAAGCCUUGGAGAUUACCCUAUUAUGAGCAGCCUGUACACAGAGAAUUUAGAACAUUCAUCUAUUCGUUCACAUGGGAGGACCCUUUCGAAGACAUGAAAUACCUGGAUUUGGGGCGUGAGGACUCGAUGCUUGUCAUCACCUCCGCCGGUGACAACGCGCUACACUAUGCAAUAGCUGCGCAACCCAAGCGAAUUCAUUGCGUAGACAUGAAUCCCUGUCAAGGGCACCUUCUCGAGCUGAAACUCGCCGCUAUCAAUACACUCGAUUUCGAGGACUUUUUCGCACUUUUCGGAAAGGGCUGCCACCCCAACUUCCGGACACUCCUCGACUCUCGACUCUCGCCCCUUCUGUCCUCAAUAGCAUAUCAGUUCUGGCAUAUUAACGACCAAACCUUCAGCUCCGCUUUCUACUUGAACGGGUACAGUGGCUGGGCUCUCCGUCUUGCCCAGUUCAUAUUCUCUCUUGCCGGUGUUUCGGCUGAUGCUGAGGCUCUUUGUGAGGCUGGGAGUCUUGAAGAACAAGAGAGGAUAUGGAACGAAAAGCUUAAGCCCGUGCUGCUGAAUCCAGUUGUCGUGGCCAUACUCAAGAGUCCGAUAUUUUGCUGGAACGCGUUAGGUGUCCCGAUGAAUCAGAGAAAGAUGCUACUAGAGGAAGGAAGUAUUUACGAGUUUGUGAGGGAUACAUUCGAUCCAUUGGCCAAGAGUUGGAGUUUCCGAGAUGGAGCGUACUUCUACCCACUCACACUGAGAGGACACUAUACCCCAACCUCAUGCCCUGCAUACUUGACGCGGACUGGGUUUGAGACCCUGAAAGCUAACGACAGCAAAGCGACAGACGCGUUCAGGUUACAUACGGAAUCCAUUUUCAACGUCCUCCGAGGAUUGACUACCUGGUCGCUCACGCGUGCAGUCAUAAUGGACCAUCUUGACUGGUUUGCCGAGGACUCGAAAGACGUAGACGACGAAGUUAGAGAACUUGCUAGAGUGCUUGCGCCGGGCGGUAUCCUGUUAUGGAGAUCUGCUGGAAGGAGACCUUGGUAUACUAGGGUGUUUGAACGACAUGGAUUUGUUGUUACACCACUAGCGAUCAGAUCAGGCCCAGAAGUCGCACUGGAUAGGGUCAACAUGUACGCAUCCUUCUGCCGGGCCGUGAAACCGGUUUCAUGA